AUGUCUGUUACUCCAGAACUGGCCAAGAAUGGGUCUGGCGCAUUUGUACGCCCGACUAUGCGCGUCGAGAGAGGCGACGGUGAUGUCGAAGGCAAACUCAGAGACAUAAUAGAGGAAAAGCCAACAGAUAUCUGUACGUACUUGGAAUUGGUGAACUAUUUCACAUCCGAAGAUAAGCAAGAAGAUGCAAGGAAAGUGUAUGAUGAGCUGCAUGAGCGGUUUCCCUUGUUUUCACCACUUUGGACGGUGGAAGUGAACUAUGACUUGGAAAGAGAUGAGUUCACUCACGCUGAGGCAUUGCUAACGCGGUGUCUUUCUGGGUCUUUAGAGAAUAAUGAUCUGAGUCUAUGGUUUAUGUAUCUGGACUAUGUCCGUAGAAAGAACAAUUUAAUUACAGGAGGAGAAGAAGCUCGAGGAGUGGUUUUAAAGGCCUUUGACGUUGUAGCGUCAAAGUGUGCCACUUGGGAGCCCCGUUCAUCUCAUUUCUGGAAUGAAUACCUUUCCUUUUUGGAGCACUGGAAACCGGUGAGCAAAUGGGAAGAACAGCAACGCAUAGAUUUGACGAGAACAUUAUACAAGCGUAUGCUGUGCAUACCGUUCGAUGGCCUUGAAAAAUGCUGGAAUAAGUACACCCAGUGGGAGCAAGAGGUCAAUUCACUCACCGCUAGGAAGUUCAUAGGUGAGCUUUCUGCGAAUUACAUGAAGGCGAGAUCGUUGUAUCAGGACUGGUCGAAUGUUACCACGGGCAUUAGGAGAGCUUUACCAUCGAGGCUCUCGCAAUGUUCAAGACAGACUAUCCCCCAACCGGAAGAUUAUGAUGUGGGACAAUUACAGAUAUGGCUGAAAUGGAUUAAGUGGGAGAUGGAAAACAAGCUAGACCUUCCCGAAGAUGCACAUGCUCAAAGGCUUGAAUAUAUUCACAAGCAAGCAAUCCAAUACUUAAUGUUUGCUCCUGAAAUAUGGUACGACUAUUCCAUGUACUGUUCAGAUCAAGAUAAAGCCCGCGAUAUACUGAUAAAUGGGCUAAAAGCUAACCCAGGCUCUUUAACUUUAACUUUUAAGCUCGCAGAGCAUUACGAGCUACAAAGCGAUGUGGACCACAUGCAACAAUGUUUUGAAAACUGUAUCGACUACUUGGUGCUGGAAUAUCAUAUCUUGUUAGAUGAAGGCUCGCCUGAUGUCGACAAACACAGACAAAACAUAACAUUUGUCUACUGUAUAUAUAUGAACGCGAUGAAAAGACUGGCAGGGCUUUCAGCGGCCCGUAAAGUAUUUGGGAAGUGCCGAAAGCUGAAGAAAAUGCUUACUCACGAGAUAUAUGUCGAAAAUGCUCACUUGGAAUUCCAUAAUAGCAGCGAUCAUAAAACUGCAUGCAAAGUUCUUGAGCUUGGAAUGAAAUUUUUCUCUGAUAAUGGCGAUUAUGUCAACAAAUACCUGGACUUCCUCAUCUUGAUUAACCAAGAUGCUCUCAUUAAAUCACUAUUCGAAACUUCAUUGGAAAAAGUUAGUGAUUUGGAACAAUUAAAACUCAUUUAUAAAAAGGUUAUUAACUAUGAAUCGAAAUUUGGAAAUUUGAGCAGCGCUUACUCCAUUGAAAAAAGACUUUUUGCAAAAUUCCCCGAUCUUGAGAAAAUUGAAGUGUUUACGGACAGAUAUCAAAUACAAGGCAAAAAUUUAAUCAAAUCACUAGAGUUGACGUAUCUAUCCAAUAACGAUGAUUACAUGUUCUUUGAAUCUUCCAACUCCAACGGGAAAUUGAAGAGAGCAAUGGAAUUUUCUUUGGAGAAUGAAAAUACAAGAACUAAAAGACAAAAGUCCCAAAGUUUUGUACCUGAAAAUGUCAUUGAGCUUUUGAAGUUUCUACCCAAACGGCAGUAUUUCAAGACUGCAGUCCUAGACCCUGAAAAGCUGUCCAAAUAUUUGAGUGAUAAUGUACAAAUCCCAACUGGUGACAAUUAA